AAAACAUCAAAUUUAAUGUCAUGUUUUCACCAUAGUUAUAUUCAAAUGAUAUAAAUAAAUAUAUAUAUAUGGAUCUGUUUUAGAGAUGAGGUUUUAAAUACUGGUACAUUUGAUUUAAGUUAACAUUAAAAGACCAUCACAACCCUGAUAAAUCAUGAAGAUCAAGUUAGAAAGCCUUCUCCAAGAACUUGGCAGUCCUGGCAAGUACCAAGUCUGUAUAUUCCUGCUGCUAGCCUUAAAUUACUUCCCUGUUGUCUUCAACCAUAUCGUUAUGGCUUUCAUUGGACGUCCACCUCAGUAUGAGUGUUAUAAUUCUAGUUACGAGGAUCCUACGUACAUGGUCAAUCUCUCAUCAACAACUAAUUAUAGUGUUUGGCAAAAUGAGAAAACUGAAUAUGGUAAAUGUAGUACCAAAUACUUCACUAGUGACAGCACCAAUGAAAGUGAAGUAUUCAACUGUGAUUCCUCUCCUAAGGGAAAGUGGAGAUAUGUUGGCAAAGAAUCAUCAAUUGCAUCAGAGUGGGACCUUGUUUGUAGUAAUGCCUACUUAUCACGACUGGCGACAACAAUUUAUUUCAUUGGAGUGAUGGUUGGUGGAUUAAUCUUUGGUUACCUUGCAGACAAGUUUGGACGGAAGAAAAUUAUGUUGGUUACUCUGUUCACACCAGUAGCCAUUGGCGUGCUGACCGCUUUAGUCAAGUCCUAUUAUUUGUUUGUUGGACUGAGGUUCCUACAGGGAAUCUUUAUUCAGGGUCUACAAACUACGACAUAUGUGAUGGUAAUGGAGCUGUUCCUCCCCCAAUAUAGAGGGACGGCUGGGGCUGUGUUGGAAUGUUUCUGGGGUGUGACGGUCAUCAUGAUGGCCGGUAUAGCUUACCUACUACAGGACUGGAGAAAUAUACAACUAGCCAUAUCUGUUCCUAGUGCCCUGGCACUUACUUAUAUCUGGUUGGUUCCAGAAACUUUGAGAUGGCUUAUGAUAAAAGAUAAGAUUGAUCAAGCUCAGAAAAUAGUAAAGAAAAUCACAAAGUUUAACAACCUGUCCUUCCCUGCUAGAACAAUGGAUGAGCUCCAAAUUCAGAUUGAGGCUAAAGAUAAUGAACCAGGUCGACAGUACAUGUUUUAUGAUCUUCUACGUACACCAAUUCUACGAAAACACAGCUUGAUUUUGUUUUAUUUAUGGUUUUCUGUGUGUGUUGGAUAUUAUGGGAUGACAUUUAAGAUAGCAGGACUGGCAGGGAACCAUUACUUAACCUUUUUCAUCAGUGGAUGUGUUGAUCUGGUAGCCUUCAUCAUGGUUAUUUACCUUAUCCAAAGAUUUGGAAGAAGAAUUCCUCUAUUGCUGUUCUUUGUUAUUGGAUCUGUUUCGUGUAUAGUUGCUGGAUCUAUUCCUAUUGCACUAGCAGGAGCGUCAGGGAUGGCUGAGAAAGUAUUUGCUAUCAUUGGGAAGUUUGGAAUGGCUGGAGUUUUUAGUAUUAUAUUUGUUUACAGUUCUGAGCUUUACCCAACAGUUAUCAGGAGCAUAGGUAUGGGAACAUGUGCUUUCUGGGCUAGAUUGGGAGGAGUUGUGGCACCUCAAAUUCUUGUUUUGGGUGAUUUUACCCACAAAUCUGUGUCUGUGAUAAUAUUUGGAGUUAUUUCCCUUAUUGCCAGUCUACUGGUUCUAUUUUUGCCUGAAACUUCAAACAGGAAGUUACCAGAUACUAUUGAGGAUGCUGAAAAUAUUGAUGCUUUCAAGGGAGGUAAUGGGUCAGAAGAGGAACCAGUUGAGUUAUAAAAGAAGAAGAACCAGUUAAUUAUAAAGAGCUUGAGAAUACAGAUAUUUAGAUAUUUGAUCCAAGAUACAGAUUUUGUAAUUUAACUAAUUCUUUUUCUGAUAACUUUUAAAUCAUAUUUGAAGCAAACAUUCUUUAAAAAGUGAUUAUUAUAAUUGUGAUAUAUUGAAGUUUAUGUAAAUAUUGUUACUUAGCUAUGUUAUUUGUGUUUGUGAUUUUAUAUUUUUAUUUUUUAUUAUUACCUCAAAAAAAUAUAAAAUCCAUGAAUUUAUACUUCAGGGUCAAUCCAUAAAAUGGAUAGUAUAUUCUUUUAUAUUCCUACGGACAUACUUUUAAACAUGCAUAAUCAUGAUAAUUUUAAACAAAAUUGGUACCAAUUUUCAAAACAUAAUACAAAGGUCAGUGGUUCCUCCAUUUAAAAACUGAUCACCAGAGAUGAAAGUGGCAUUUAACACCAAUCAAUCAUUCAAUCAAUCAAAAUAUAAUGUAUACUAAUUUUUUGAUUUUUUUUUUAAAUGGUAAAUUUUCUUGGGUUAUUUUAAAUUCAGGAAAGAUCAGGAGGCGUCCAAAUUGGUUAUUUGUCAGUUGAUAACAGUUAUGUCAAAGUUAUCAGUUAAAUGCAAAGUUGAUAUUAGGAUUGUUGGAGUCUAUUAAAAGUCCUCAUUUGUUUAACUUCAGAACAGUCCUUAGACAUUGUUAGUCAGUGGAGGAUUAAGGAGGGGGAAAUGGGGGUUGGAACCCUUUUUUGUUUGGAUAAUCAUUGCAUUUGAUUGUUUGGUUGGAACCCCUCUCCUAGGUAGAGAAUCUCCCUUUUUAAAAACAGCUUAAUCCACCCUGUUAGUGUCUGGAUAGUUUUAUUUGUAUCAAUUAAACUUGUCAGAGGGAUAGUUAACAGAAAUCAGUCUGCAGAUCUCUCAUUAAGUCUUUUCUUAUAUAAACUGAAAACAGUAGGAGGUGAAAGUUUCCAUUGCUUUUAUAUUGAUUUACAAGAUGCAAUUGUAUUUAUUAUCAUUUUUUAUAAGGAUAUCAUUUUUGAAGAUUACAAAAUAUCUUAUUAUUAUGUUGGAAUGUAUAUAUAAUUGUUAAUGUAAAACAUAUUUUUGUAUCAAUGUAUAAAAUUUGUUAUGAACGCUGUUCUGGGGAAAGCAAUGGUAUUCCUGUCACUCUUGUACAUAGUUAAAAAGAAUGUACAGUAGACUAUUUUCAAAUUACCAGCUUUUGACUCAUGAUUAUAUAAUUUUGCGAAAGGUUACAUUUUUCUGUGGUAUGAUAUCCUGGUACUUGGUUAAGUAAGAGCAACCAAAAUAAGUUAAAUCAAACAUAUAAUGAGUGUAAUUUGUUAGGAAAGUUUACUGUUUCCUAAAGAUUUUGUUGUGUAAAGAAAAUGUAUAGCAGUUUAUUUUACCCAAAAGUUGUACCUAUUGAACACUUUAUUUUACUUCUUUAUCUUGUCUUACUUGACUUGGUAUCAGGAUGUCAUUCUAAAGAAAACGGUUACCUGUCUAAAAAAUUAUAUAAUCUGAAGUCAAAACUUGGUAACUUGAAAAUGAUCUAUUGAGUAGCUUGUGAUGGAUAAUUAUCAUAGAUCAAAGUAAUUUAAAGAAAAAUUGUUGUUAUGUAUAUUUUACCAAUUUUUUGUCUCAUGUGAACAUUGAAAGAGAAAUAUGUGUUGUCUGCUUUUGUGACACAAAUACCAUUGCUUUCUUUUCUUAAAAAGGCAAAAAUUGCCAAAAUUAAACAAAAAUUAAAAAUCAGUGCAUUUUACCUGCUCCUGAAAUUAUUAUCAACUUGUUAUAAAUGUAAACUAAAGAGAGUUUAUUGUGACAGAAAGUUCAGUGGGUUUUCUGCACUGAAAAUAAAAAAUCUUGACAGAGGUGAUUAAAUGAAAUUAAAUCAAUCUACGAUUUUAUAAUUGACCUCAAUGGAGGAGUUACAGGAAUCUCAAUUUAUGAUUUACAGGAAUCUCAAUUUUGGAUUAGCAAGAAUCACAAUAUAGUAUUUAGUUUACAGAAUCUCAAUUUAAGAUUAACAAGAAUCUCAAUAUAGAAUUAAAUAUAAAGAAUCUCAAAUUAGAAUUUAGUAGAAAUAAUAGCUGGUUUAAAAUACGAAGUUGCUUUGUACAUCAGCAAACAUAAUAAUAUUUAGAUAUUAUUAAAUGAUCCUCUGUCAGAUUAACUGCAUUACCAGAACAGUGUUUUUUGUAUUAUGACAUUAAUCAUAGUUAAUUUUAUCAAUUUACUCAAGGUAUCAUCCAUAACCCUUCAAAACGCAGAUUUAUUGUUUAAGGAUGUUCGCUGCUCAGUUUCAAAAUAAAUAACUUUUCAUACAACUAGUAUGUAUUGAUAGGGAAUAAAUUAAGGAAUCAAAAUAGCAAAAGAAAUAUAGGGGUACAUGAGCUUGUUUUCGAGAUAUUAGCCAUUGAAAUUUUAGUGGAAAAAUGUUCUCUCUUGAUUUUUCAUCGCUUUAUCAUUGACCAGUUCAAGUGCUCAAAUACUAUUAAAAAAUAAAUAAAAUUUUAUAAGACUUUCACAAAUGGCUUAUUAUUAUAUAUGUAAAAGAUUUAUAAAAAGAAAAAUGGGGGUCCAUGGGGAAUUUUUUUUAAGGCAUUAAAAUGGAUAAAACCAGAGGAUUCCGAAAAUCUGACAAAAAAUACAAAUCAUGACAAGCAGACAUCCUUAAGAAGGUAGACCUAUGAAAUGCCGUUUAACAAGAUCACACUAGGUAUCCAAAUCAGAAAUUCUCAGAGGUAUGGAAAUCGUCUGGAGCAAAAAAUGAAAAGUUUAUAACAGUGGGUAGGUAAAACCUGAAUCCAAACCCUUUAUGGGAAUGGAUUCACACUGUACUUACCCACAGUUAUAUGGUUUUCAUUACUGUAGAUUCUUUUAUUUUAGUUGAUACCAAUUUUCAUGGAUUGUUAAAAAUUGUGUUUUUUGUGGAUAUCUGAUUUUUGUUGGUUUUGCCAAUGUCUGCGUAUAAGCUUAUAGAAAAUUCCAAUUUUGUUGAGUAUUAAAAUUCCUAUUUCAGGUCAAUCCAGGAAAUUCACAAAAAUUGGUAUCACAACAAAUAUUAAUGAAUCCAAAGUAAUUGCACCUUGUGAUUCAUAUCCCUCCAUGGUUUUGGAUCUGGAUACCCUGUGUUAAAAUUUUCUGUCUUAACUUACAACAGACUAAAAUUUAUUGAUUAUAGAAUAAAAAAUCAAAGGUAUGAUUUAUCAAAAAAGGGCAUAGAAAAAUCAAUUUCCUUCAUAAAUACAUGAUAAAUCUAUGUAAACGGAUAUAUAUAUUGUUUAAGGGCUGUUCUAGAAAUUACUAUUUCCCCUAGGGAAGACAUCUUUUUAAAUUUUAUGUGGGUGGUUGUAUUUGAAAUAACAAAAUGCAGAGGGAAUGUUGUUCUGAUAUAUUUUUUAUUUCUGUGGGUCCCUGGGAGGGUGACAAAAGUAUUUUAUGGAACAGCCCUUAAUAGACGAUGGAAUGUAAACAUUGUAUUGUCCAUUUUAAAGGGUAAAUCCCUUGUUUGUUAUACUGAUAAAGUUGACUAUGAUUUUGUAAUCUAAAUGUUUGUAAGAUAAUCAUCGUGUUUCAUUAUAAAGGUAUUGGUUCCAUCUGGUAUUUUUCAGUACACACAUUUCCUUUGAAUUCAUUAAAAAUUAACAAUUUCAGACAUCAAAAAUAAAAUUUCAUUGAAACAACCAUCUCUUAUCGGAGCCUUUUAUAGCUGACUGUGCAGUAUGGGCUUUGCUCAUUGUUGAAGGCCAUACGGUGACCUAUAGUUGUUAAUGUUUGUGUCAUUUUGGUUUUUUGUGGAUAGUUGUCUCAUUGGCAAUCAUACCACAUCUUCUUUUUUAUAUCUCAUCUGAAAAUUAUAUUACAGUGUAAAAAUAUACAAGAAAUUUUCUAUUAUUUUCAUGGUAGUCUUCAUUUGCAUUAUUUUUCUAAGUAAAAUAAUUACUGUAAAUCCAGAAAUUAUUGUGUGCAUUUAUUAUUGCAAUUUUUGUCAAUAUAAACUAAAAUGCCAUUUUUUUUUUUGCAAUAUUGAGAAAAAUCCUGUAUAAUUUAUUAAAAAAAAAUUCCAAAUGCAAGUUUAAAUUAUUGCGAUUAUUAGCUGUCACAUUUUUCACAAUAAUUUCUGAAUUAACAGUAAUUGACAUAAAAAUAAUAAUUUCAUAAUGGGUAUUUUCUUUAAAUUGUAAAUUUGAUAUUUAUUGUCAGGAUUGGAUUGUGUUUGAAAUUGUUUGGCCUGUGUGAAGUUAAAGAGAAAUGCCAAGAAUAAUAUGUUAGCCUUGGUGUGAAUGAAUUGUUGCUAAUUAAGUUUAUGGAAUGAUUUUUGAUUUGCUGUAUCUUACAGGUGAAGGGAGCGUGUCUAAUUAUAUAAAUAUUUUGUAUACUACUUAUUUAUUUAUUUGUUUGUAUCACAUGUAUUUAAUCUUGUUUUUAAAGAUUGCAUUUUAAAAAUGUUUAUUCUUUUAAAUCCUUUGAGUAUUAGUUUAAUCUUCAAUGAUCCAAAGAACAGGUUCAGUAGAAAAUAUUGAAAAGGAGACAGAAGGUAUUAAAAAAGAAAUUAUAACUCAUAAAUCUUAAUAAGUUACUAACAAAAUCAUGUUAAAGUAAUGAAAAACAGGAAGAAGACCAUAGGAUAAAAACAACAAUAUAAAUAGUCUUCAUUAACAUUAUUUUGCUGGCUAAAACAAUAACUGUAAAUCUAGAAAUUAUUGUGUGCAUUUGUUA